CUCUGUGGGCAGAUAGAUACGGCUGUGGGUCUGAGUGAGAGAUGGACUGAGUGAGGGCGCUCUUUCGUCCAGUGCUGCCAAUAGCAUUGAAAUACCCACAAGCUAAGUUGAAAUAAUUGACGGUUUUAGGUCGCUAAAUCAACGAGAUAAAUAGACUACCGUCAUCAAUCUUUUACAUCCCACUCCAAACACACUUAACACGGCAUUGAUGGUAAUGUAUGCAAGGAAACAACCGAGACUCGGCGAUGGGUGCGACCGAAGAGAUUCUCAACCCUAUCAGGCGCUCAAAUACUCGUCCAAGAGCCAUCCGGGAGGGGACCGCCGGCAUGAAAAGAUGCGAGACUCCACCGAUGUCACUCCUCCCUGCAAGGUGCUCCGGAGGUCUGACAGCCCUGAAAACAAACACACCGACAGCACAAGCCACAGCAGAGCGAAGGCUGUCCAUACACACCGGGCCAGAGACAGGGACGGAGGGACCAGUUAUUCUCCACAAGAAAAUUCUCACAACCACAGUUCCCUUCAUAGCUCUAACUUGCAUUCUAACCCCGGCAAGACCUCAGACACACCUUAUGAACCUGGGGAUGACUGGUCGGAGCACAUCAGCUCAUCUGGAAAGAAAUACUAUUACAACUGCAGGACAGAGGUGUCCCAGUGGGAGAGGCCCAAAGAGUGGCUCGAGAGAGAGCAGCGGCAAAAAGAGGCGACAAAGACGGCGGUCGUUAACAGUUUUCCCAAAGACCGAGACUACAGAAGGGAGGCCAUGCAAGCAUCAACGGGCUUCACCGGCGCAAAGUCCGCCCAGGCAGAGAAGCCCACAGCGACCGUCACCUCCCAGUCGUCGUCCGGCUCAGGGAGCAUGAACCCGUCAUCGGGUCUGCCGGGGUCGUCCUCCUCCACCACAGUGCCCAUGUCCCCCGUCCUGCAGUCCCCGGGCCCUGCGCUCCUCCAGGAUCCCACCCUGCUUCGACAGCUUCUCCCCGCGCUCCAGACUGCCCUGCAGCUGAACAACGCCAGUGUGGACAUGGCGAAAAUCAACGAAGUUCUCACCGCUGCUGUCACACAAGCGUCACUACAGUCGAUGCUCCAUAAGAUCCUCACCGCCGGACCGUCAGCUUUCAACAUCACCACGAUCCUCUCUCAAGCCGCUCAGCUCUCCAACCAAGCAGCUCAGCAAUCGAACCAGUCGCCCAUGUCAUUAACGUCGGACGCAUCAUCGCCCCGCUCUUAUGUUUCACCAAGGAUCAGCACGCCACAGACAAACACCGGCCCCCUUAAACCUCUCCUCAACGCGCAGCCCGUCAUCUCGCAGACAAAAGUGUGCGCACAACCAGGGAAGCUGCCCUCUCAUCCCCAGCCCUCACCCCAUCAGUCCCACUCCAGUGACAAGCAGCACAGUCAGGAUACUACCACAGCCUCCCCACGCACCCUCCAGCGCCAAGGCAGUCACAGGAGUCCCUCCCCGGGCCCCAACCACAUCUCCAGCAGCAGCAGUCACCCCCCCAACUCCGCCUCUGCUCCCCCUUCCGCAUCUGCGGCGCGACCCUCCUGCACCUUCACCCCCACCCUCGCCACCCACUUCAAUGAGAAUCUCAUCAAACACGUGCAGGGCUGGCCCGCAGAACACGCGGAGAAGCAGGCAUCACGACUACGUGAGGAGGCUCACACCAUGGGAAGCAUCUGUAUGUCUGAGAACUGCACAGAACUCAAAAACUUGCGGUCCUUGGUCAGAGUCUGUGAAAUCCAGGCGACAUUGCGCGAGCAGAGGAUAUUGUUUCUAAGGCAGCAAAUCAAAGAACUUGAAAAAUUGAAGAAUCAGAACUCCUUCAUGGUCUGAGUCGAAGCAAGGGUUUGUGGGGCGAGCAGUUUAAAGGGGCGGAUGGGCGGUGCAGAGACCCAUUGCACAUAGGUGGAUGCUGCUGAGGGAGUGGUUUGUUGCGUUCCUCUCUCGUAACACGUAGGAGCUGAAGUUGGGUCGGCUUUGGACUGUCGAGCCAGGAGACCUGAAGAGCCGCCGCCGAUUUACAAGACUCUAGAAAAACAAACCACAGAGGUGGAUUGGAAAAAAAAUGUAGAUUUCUUGUAGAUGUUAUUAUCUAUGUUGUAUAUACAUUUUGUAGAUUGGAGCCAUGGAAAGCCAUGCCUAUCAAAGCUUUUGACAUCCAAACUAAUCCAUGCCUCGGCGGCUACAUUCAUUAGCUACCCUCUCCUUCACGAUCGCUCGUAUGCACUCUUUACAGCUUCAUUUUCUUUGUCAAUUCAUGGAUCACUCAACCAUUGAGCAUGCGCGAUGUGCACAGCAUCGGAGGAGGAUGUUCCAAAGCCAUUUAUAUCCGGACACUGAGACAUCGACAGGCGCAUAAAAAGCGUAACGCGCUGUCUCCGUAGUGUUUAUCCUCAUUCAAUAUGGGUAAGCUGAUUUACUCUUGUCUUUACCCCCCAAACCCUCUAUCUGCAGGUCUAACAAGACUUUUGGUAACUCUUCUGGUGGCCCUGCAUGUCCAAGUUUGAAGGAUAUUUUUUUAAACAGUGCCUGGUGGAGUGAUAACAAACUAUAAAAACUUGAUGUGAUGGCGUGCUGCUUUGGUCCUCCCCUCCUCCUCUGCUGGCCUCCGCCCUGACCCGCCACAUAUCUCCUGAGGCAUCAACACUUCCUUUGUAGGUUUUUCUUUGCGGUCCAAUCACUUUUGGUUCCUCUUCCACCCCCUCUGACGUUGUACUUUUCAUGAUGAGGAGCACAAUCCCACCCUGCUUCAUUCCUUUUGUACAGUCGCUAAUACAGUGGAGUUUUUAUUUAUAAUGAGUCGUAUAGGCGAGCGGUAACCCACCAUCAUUUGCAGUUCAGGAGUGACGCUAUGGGUUUAGAAGAGAGUAGGGGGGUGGGGGGUCUCCUAGUGUCAAAGCAGGGCAACAAGGGGUCACAAGGUUAAAUGUGAAAUGUACUUAUUGUAAUAAAGAUGUUCAACUAAAGCAAGCACUGGUUAUUUUUCUUGGGAGUGUCUAGGUUUGGUUCAUACGCUAGUGCCUUGUUGAAAGUCUUAAGUCUCACUGCCGCCGCCACCCACACACACACUUUGUUUCAUCUCGGUGAGCAUGUCGUGCACGGAGGGCGUUUCCCCCUCUCACUUACUUGUUUUGUUCCUAGCUGUUGAAAAGCCGGGUUGUAAGCUGCAAAGGCGUGCUUUUGUUUUGUUCUCCACCGUACUCUUAUUGAGCCUAUAACUGAACCGCACGACACAUUCAGUGAGGAUGACCACAUCGUUGCUUUGUAUAUUGUUUCCUGAAGUAUAUUGACAAAUGAAAAUAAAAUAUGCCUCUCCAGGGGCCCGUU